ACACUUAUUCUAGAUAGCAGACAACAGCAUUUUCAAAUUUUGUAGAUUCUAAAUGUCAUGGUGAGCCAUUAGAUUGAGCAAAAAAAUGUCUCUAACAUUAUCCCAGUGUGAACAACUUUUUACACCUCCUGCGCCAGCAACUGUGAGUUGUGAGGAAUUUUCGUUUGGUGGCAAGUUUCAUGCUCAUUAUGUCAAUGAUACAACUGUCAAGUUUCACUGUGUUUACAACCACUAUUAUGUAAGUGGUGACCGCUUCAGCCAUUGUAUAAAUGGAACCUGGACCAACCCAGAAGGUGUAAUAUGUGAGGUGCUGUUUUACAUGUCAAAGAAAAGACUUGCUCCACUGAUAACCAUUUGUACUCUGAUACCAUCAUUACUGAUGCUGUUUGUAGAUUUUGUUGCAUUCCGUUUCCGAAAAGAAAAGAUGCGAGCUGAACAAAAAAGACUUCAUAUUGCACCCAAUAGUGACUUAGAUAUUGAUUUGAACCACUUGACAAAGAAAAGACAGCGUUUACCUUCACUGCGCCUUAAAAGUACAUUUGAGACUCUUGAUCCACAUCACAUAAGGCCAGAUUUCUCCCGCACAAGUUCUGCAUCUGACUUGGCAGCAGUACCUAACCACCCUUACGAAGACAUUAUGUCUACAUCAAGCGGUAAAACACCAUCAAGUAUUUACCCUGCUGCUCCACCAAUCCGUAGUAAGUCAUCCAGAGUUGAUUCCAUCUUACCGCUUAAAAUCAAAGGAAUGGAUAAAAAGCGAGCCCUAUCUGCCCUUCCGGAAUCAGAAAGCAGUUAUAGACAUUGAAAAACUGAGAUGAACAUACAUAAGUAGGCUGAUAACCUUUCACUGUAAGUUUGGACCAAAUAGUCAAAAUAAAAAAUAAGAUUGUCUCAAAACUAGAAUGGAGAAGUUAUUAAUUUGUAAUAUUUCAACCAAUUACUAAGAAGCUGGGGAUUUGUAUGGCCCAUUGGCUUUUACUUUUUAGCACAGUACUGUGUCAAGAUCAGAUUAUUUUAAAAAGAAAACAACUAGAGAGGCCUUAUGUACUUGUUAUUAGUAAAAUUUCAGAACCAGCCUGUUGUAAGUUUAGUUUAUGUUAUAUUUAUCUUUUACAAUCAGCUAAAGGAGAUCAAUUAUUUUAGACUUCCUUCUAUCUACCAAAAAUGGAAAUUUUAGCUAUUAUUUUAUUUUACCAUUAUUGUAGGCCUAUUUUGUUUUUAUUGGUAAUUUUUUUAUUGUAAACUUGUGGAUAUGUAAAUUGAUAUAAUUUGUUUUCUUUAUUUUUCUAUGUAGCUGGGGGAUUUUGUUUUGUUAAUUGUGUCCUGUUAUUCAGGUCUAAGAUUUUAAAUUGAUUUAAUGUAUAGAUUGUAGACUACACAUGCAAUUUGGUAUAGCAAAAUGUUAAGAAAAUAGUUUUCAUUGUAACUUACUUUUCAAGUGUUCUUAUUUGCUAUUUUUCCUAUUAAAGUUUUAGCUUUUUAUUUUUCAUGUAAAUAGUUAUGCUUGUGAAUUACUAAGUUAAGGUUUAGCUUUUUAUCUUUCUUCAUGUAAAUAGUUAACCUUUUGAAUUACUAAGUUAAGGUUUAGAUUUUUAUCUUUCUUCAUGUAAAUAGUUAACCUUUUGAAUUACUAAGUUAAGGUUUAGCUAUUUAUCUUUCUUCAUGUAAAUAGUUAACCCUUUGAAUUACUAAGUUAACUAAGUUAAUGAAAUUGAUAUUAUUUAUGCUGUUAUGAGUAACUGUAAUUUAAAGGUUGUGUGUUGGUUUGGAUACUUGAACCUUUUUUAAUUGAAUUUGAAUACAUUUUUUUUUUAUUUUGUCCAAUUCGUUGUUAGUGCACAAUGUUGAAGUUGAUACAAUUAAAUGAAUAAGCAAACUCAGUAGAUUUUUUAUUGACUUUAUGAUUACAAGUAUGGCAUAUUUCUUGUACAAAGGGCAGUUUGGGUUAAAAUAGGCCUACUCAUUUUGUUAAGUCUGUUGGUGAACCCUUCUAAUGGAACUUUAUG